AUGGAGAAGUUGAACACUGAAGAUGGACAACUCUUCAUCAAGAACCUCGCCAGCUUCGUUCGUACCCACGAAAAAGCGCUCGCGAACGCUUUGCAGCUCCGACGCCAAUCCAAAAAUGUGGUGACAGCGCAAUCGCCCGCCAGCGCCUCGAACUCGAACGGCUCGGCAUUCUCCCCCACGACUCUCGCCUCCGCCUUGUCUUUUGGGGCUCUGAAAUUUACCUCGCAGAGCAUCAAACCCGCAAAACUCACCCUCACUCCACACCACCUCUUCUACCUGCUCUCACAGUUCGAGGAUCUUUCGAUUGCGGUGGGCCCUAUGAACGUCCGGUUGGAGAACAUCCAUACCGAGGUCUCUCAGUCCUACGUGUCCUUCCUGAAUAAGCCACAGCGGUCUAAGGGCGAUGGAGCCUCUAUCCACUCCGUCUCCAGUGUUCGUAGUGUCAUGUCGGGUAUGAGUGGUCUCUGGUCCUCCUUUGGUCUAGGAUCCAAGGAGUCAUCAUCCAAAUCGGAAAGGGCCAAGGUUGCUCUAGAGGCAGACCUAAAGUAUCUUUACUCUGCAUUCACCAAAAUCCCGUGUUUGCGCCUUGCCCCGGACCACCGCGCCUGUUUGAUUCGAGGAUAUGAAGAGUUUCCCUUCGAUACGGCUGUGCCGCUUCACUCCUUCAAAAACCUGAGUGCUCUAGAGAUCAUUGACAUAGAUUAUCGUUCUUUUUAUGGCUGGGACCGACUGUCUGAACAGCUGCGAACUCUCUCCAUUAAGCGGGCUCAUCUGGAUGACCCUGCGGACCUAUUGACAGGGAUCGUGCUGGAUGACAUGGACAAGCGACGACGACGUUCGACAAAGUCUCAACAGUCUCCGCCGCUUGGAUGGACGAAUGGCAACUCCUCACAACCUGUCCGUGCACCGGAUCAUACAUCGCUGUCUGCUCCUGGCUCGCCCGUUGUUGAGAACGCACUGGCUAGUAGCACCAGCCCUAGGUCCGCACCCAUGAUUCGAGGCAGUUCUGAAGGCGGGAAAAUUCGGUCGAGAGCGGACAGCAUCUCGCCAAGUCGCCCGACCACGAAGCAGAGCCAUCAGCGUCACGCCCGUGGUCAAUCAGCGCGGAUUCGACGAACGGGCUCCGGUAGCUCCAAUUCGAGUGAUACGUCGGCUGGCUAUCGGACCGGCAGCUCCUCCACCCUCCUUCCAGGGGUUCUACCUCCAUCGAAAUGGCGAUUCCUGCGCCAUUUGGGUUUACCUGACAAUGCGCUGACAUCGAUCUCUGCUGCCAGCCUCGCUCCUGUGGCCAACUCUUUGAACUCGCUUGACCUCUCUUCAAAUCUCCUGACAGAGAUACCCGAUAGCCUUGCCUCUCUCAUGGCGCUCCGAGCCUUGAACCUUUCCCACUGCAUGAUCGAGUCGCUGCACUCCCUUUCGCGCAAUCCCCUUCCGGCUAUUACCGCACUUAACCUUCGAGGAAACCGACUUCGCUCGCUGGCGGGUAUCGAACGCCUGCUGUCUCUUGAGAGAUUGGACCUACGUGACAAUAACCUCAUGGAUCCGACCGAACUGGCUCGUCUUACCAGCCUCCCUGAAAUACGGGAGAUCUGGGUGUCCGGCAACCCCUUUACCAAAACUCACUCUGAUAUCAUCAUCGAUGGCCGGGGUCCCGGCUACACCGAGAGAAAACAACUAGCCGAUCGAGUUGCCGAGCCUGAGAGUGCUCCGGUGGUUCGCUCCAACGUACCUGACCAGUCCACCGUGGUGCAUAAACCCACAAACACGGUCAUUGCUCAAGGUAUUCCUCUUCCCAACCCAAAAGAUGACGAAGUGGAAGUGUAUGCCAAGACGACACAGCGGAAAGAUCAUGAAACAGGGACUGGCCGCCGGAAGAAGACCAACCGUCGAAGAAUCGCCGAUAUAUCGACGGAUAACCCAUUCACAUCGGACGGUUUGGGUAGUUCAGGGCCGUCAAUGCCGCCAGUUCUGCCCACGCAACAAAUCCAUUCUCCGAUUAGCCCCUCAUCCAUCCUCCCAUACGACCACCAAUGGAAAUUGGAUAGUGCGACUCAGUCAGGAUCCUCCAGUAUCCAGAGCUCUGUCAAGCCUGGACAGUUGGCAAGCUCAUCCCACGUCCAGCCCGCUGUUGUGCAACCCGCGGCGGGAAAGGAUUGGGCCUUGGAUGAGGUGCUCUGCCGUCAGCAGUUAGAAGCUCUGCGACAGGAAGUCGGACAGAAUUGGAUCACGGUCCUUGGAGAUCAUCCUUGGGAUAACUCUCAAAAUAACAUGCCGGGUCAUCUCACACCGAACGGAUUGGACCACUCACCAAUACCACCAGCAUCCAUCGUGCGGUCGACUAGCUAUGCUAUACUGAGCGGCGGCCACGUAUUGGGCGGCUAA